UUUGUUUUGUCAAUGUAGAAUUUUUAUUUGGGUGGAUUAGGUUAGUUUCCCUAUCACGUAUGGGUUUUCUUUUGACCUUGUUUUGGUUUCAACCGGUCCAGUUGGCGGCGGCAAAACACCCCUUUGGGUUGUAAAGUCAGCCAAAAAAAAAAAACACAGAAGAAGGAAGGCUACAGAUAUUUGUGAAGGGGCUUUCCAUCGACAUAUACUUUUAAAACGGGGAUAUAGCUUAAGAAAACGGUUGUAGUUUAAUUAGCAAGAUGUAUAGACCUAAUUUGAUGUUUUUUGUUUUAUAUUUUUCACUAGAAUGUAUUUGCCGGAGCCAAAGCGAAAUCUACUCCCUGAAUUACAUCUACACUUCACUCUCAAAGCCACUAGAAUUGCCUGGAAUCCAUGAGUUCACUGCCAUGGGUCUGAUGAACAACCAACAGAUUGAUUACUAUGACAGUGUGGCAAAGAAGAAGAUUCCCAAACAGGCCUGGAUGAGGGAGAAGCUGCCAGCAGACUACUGGGAUAAAGGCACUCAGUCACGCAAGAGCAAGGAGCAGUGGUUCAAAGUUAAUGUCGAUAUCUUGAUGAAGCGCAUGAUGCAUAACAGCACUGAUGUGCAUAUCCUUCAGUGGAAACAUGGCUGUGAAAUUGACCAACAGAGUGACGGCACAUUGAAAUUCAUAAAGGGCACAGACCAGUACAGCUACGAUGGUGACGACUUCCUGGCCUUUGAUGAUGCCAAUAUGCAGUGGGUGGCCCCAGUUGUUCAAGCUCAGCCGACUAAGAGGAAGUGGGACGGGGUCCAGAUCCUCAACCAGUACACCAAGGGCUACCUGGAGAAGGAGUGUGUGGACUGGCUUUCCAAAUUCAUGGCAUACGAGGCCAAAGAAUUCAGUAGGGCUGACUCCCCUCCGAGGGUCUAUGCAUUUGCUAAAAAGGCCAAAACUGCAGGACAUGUCCGACUGACCUGCAUGGCCACAGGUUUCUAUCCCAAAGAUGUGAUUAUGCAAAUUAAGAAGAAUGGUGUUCCAUUGACCGAACGUGAUGGAGUGCAGUCUACAGGAGUCCUACCCAAUGAUGAUGACACCUACCAGAUCAGGAUGAGUGUGCAGAUCCCAGAGGCAGAUAAGGAAACUUAUGAAUGUUAUGUCGACCAUAGAACAUUGAAGAAGCCAAUUGUGGUAAAAUGGGAUGGAGAAUGUUGUGAUUGCAGAAGUUUCGGUGCUGUAGUCAUUGGGGCAGUCAUCGCCAUUAUUGUAGUUCUGAUCUUGGUUUCGGUGGUCCUGUUUGUUCUGCACAAAAGAGGGACAAUUGUGAUUCCUGGCUUGAGAACUAGAGCUACUGGCAAUGGAGUGGCAUUUUCUGGAGUGAACACUUUAGAGUAUGGUGGAUAGAUGACCAUUGGUGGCCAAACUGCCGGACCACGAAGGAACGUUAAUUCAUUUCAUAAUUUUAUUGGAUGGCUAUUGAUAACACUGUUCAGUUGCACAUUUUCAUUCUUAUAAGCUAGUGAUGGAAAUUAUAGUUACUUUGAUUCAAUGUGCUAAAAACUGCUGCAUUUAAUGUUUUUUGCUGUUCUUGAGUAAGUACUUGCUUCCAAAUAGAGUCUCAUAAGUGGGGUGGUUAGGCACCGUUUGGGUUGUCGUACAUUUCAUUGUUUUACUGUUACAGUGGAUAUUACUGUAUGGAGAGGCAUCUUUAAGGUAAUUGUAUCAUUCUUUAGGGAUUAUAACUAGAUUUGUAGUAGAACAGGUUUAUAUAAGCCAAUUAAUGACAUGCUCAUAUUUUAAGUAACAUUUCAAAAGAGUUCUAGACAAACAUUGUAAAUACUCUAAAUAUGAACAAUGCUCUACAAUAUACAACACCAUUUUUACAUAUAUUUGCAGGAUAUUAAAACAAGAUAUACAAUAUGGUAAAAACACUAAUGAAACACACAAACGUGUUAUAGAGAAAAUGUGCUUAUUUGUUAAUCAAAAUAUUACUUGAAAUAUCAUUUGUUAUGAUUUUUAUUUCAACCUAGGGCCCAUUUCAUAACCGUUCACUGGGUUACCAGGCUAAGACAAAGCUACACUCUUGAAUUAAUAUGCAGUGAAGUUUCUUUUAAUAUCACAUUUUAAACAUUGAUUUAUGGAGAACACAAAUAAUUCUAACAUGCAGCCUUGAAGGUCAAGACAAAAAUAUUUUCUCUUUUAUGCCAGAAACCUAGUCAGUGUUUUUUUUAAUGAAUAGGGUCUCUAGUGUUAUGCAUCCUACCUGUGGACUAAAUGCAUUCACCAAAUGAUUUAAUACAUUUUGCGUAGCAUUGCUGUUACUAUUUACUAAACCACUAUUUUUACAAGGCUUAUUGCAUACAUACAUGCCCACGGACGUACACACACGUACGCAAUGUAUGUAACCUGUACUGCUUUUCAAACAUCCUGUAUGAUUUGUUAUUCUGAAGAAAAAAAAUACAAAAUAAAUAAUAAAAGCCACUUUUUUGCACAUUC